AAACCCCGCCUCUCAGAGCUUUACACAACUCCAGGAAAUCAGCGCAGUGAAGUUUCGUUUCUUGUGAAAUCGUCAGUCUCUCUGUCUCACUGCAGCAGAAAUGGCUUCAAAAGUAUGGUCAGAGGAUCGGUUUAGCUGUCCAGUAUGUCUGGAGAUAUUGAAGGACCCAGUCACUAUUCCAUGUGGACACAGUUACUGUAUGGGGUGUAUUAAGAACUGCCUGGAUCAGACUGAUCAUACAGGUGUCUACAGCUGCCCCCAGUGCAGAAAGACCUUUACCCCAAGGCCUGAUCUGUGCAGAAACACCAUGCUGGCCGAACUUGUGGAGGAAUUAAAGAAGUCAGGACUCAAUCCUCCUCCUGCUCAAAGUUAUGCUGGACCUGGAGAUGUGCCGUGUGAUUUCUGCACUGGGAGAAAGUUCAAAGCUGUGAAAUCCUGUUUGACGUGCCUGGCCUCUUACUGUGAAACACACGUCAAGCCUCACUAUGAGGGGGCUGCUUUCAAGAGGCACAAGCUGAUCAAUGCAAUUGGAGAUCUGGAGCAGAAGCUUUGUGCUGAACACCAGAAGGUUUUAGAGGUCUUCUGUAGAACCGAUCAGACGUGUAUUUGUGUGUUGUGUAUUGUCAAGGAACACAAGAACCAUGACACACUCUCAGCUGAGGCAGAAAGGAGUGUGAAACAGAAGCAGCUGGGAGAGACACAGACAGAAAUACAACAGAGAAUCCAGGAGAGACUGAAAGAAAUUAAGGAGCUGAAACAGGCUGUGGAGUCACUGAAAAGAUCUGCAUGCACAGAAAUAAAGGAAAGUGAGAAGAUCUUUACUGAGCUGAUCCGAUCCAUUGAGAAGAUCCACACUGAGGUUAUUGAGCUGAUUGGAGCUAACGAGAAGGCUGCAGUGAAUCAGGCUGAAGGACGCAUGAAGAAACUGGAGCAGGAGAUUGCUGAGCUAAGGAGGAGAAACGCUGAGCUGAAACAGCUUUCAGAGACAGAGGAUCACAUCCAUUUUCUACAGAAUUUCCAGUCUCUCUGUGCCCCUCCUGAAGCUGGAGACUUACCCAGCAUUACUGUCAAUACAGACAUCUCUUUUGGGGCUGUGAGGAAAGCUGUAUCUGAACUUAAAGACCAUAUUGAGGACUUCUGCAAGGAGAAAUUAGUCAAAAUAACCACAACAGUGAAUGAAGUUGCAGUUUACAGUCUGCAGGCUCCAGAGCCAAGGAACAGAGCUGGGUUUUUAAAAUUGAAUGAAGUUGCAGUUUACAGUCUGCAGGUUCCAGAGCCAAGGAACAGAGCUGAGUUUUUAAAAUAUUCCUGUCAGCUCACACUGGACCCCAACACAGCGUAUAGAGAGCUCUGUCUGUCUGAAGGUAACAGAAAGGUGACACUGAGGAGAGAGACCCAGCGAUGUGCUGAUGAUCACCCUGAGAGAUUUGACCGCUUUGCCCAAGUGCUUUGCAGAGAGGGUUUGUCUGGGACUCGCUGUUACUGGGAGAUUGAGUGGAGUUGUGGGUGGGCUGAUAUAGGAGUCACAUAUAAAGGAAUCAGCAGGAAAGGAGGGGAUCGUUACUGUAGCCUAGGACUCAAUGACAAGUCCUGGAGUUUGGUCUGCUCUGGUUCCAGUUACACUGCCCAGCACAAUUACAAUCACACUGCAAUAACUGCCCCCCACUCCCCCAGAAUAGGAGUGUAUCUGGACUUUAAUGCCGGCACGCUGUCCUUUUAUAGCGUCUCUGACACAAUGACCCUCCUGCACAGAUUCCAAACCACAUUCACUGAGCCGCUCCAUCCUGGGUUUUGGCUUUGGGGUUAUGAUUCCACUGUAACAAUCUGCCAGCUGAACUAGACUGUUUUGUGUUGUAAGAAACCCUUUGUAUUGAACUCCCUGUCUGUCCUCUCCACUCCUCGGGUGAAGGGAAUGUUCAAUCUGACACAACUUUGGAUGAACGUUAGGGGGUAAAACGGCGCCACCUGCAGAGCGAAACGAGGUGAAUUAUUUGUUUUUACACUUGGGGCCCAGGCAGCCUCUUUUACAGUUUAAUCUGUCAAGUUAGUGUUUUGUAAUUGUAAACACUCACAACUGGACAGUAUUUAUUGAUUGCAAACACAUAAAUAGCAGCAAGUGGCAGACUUAGUUGGCAUCUCUGCACAGUGCUAAAAUUCCCACAGCAAGUACUGAUAAGUAUCUCUUCAGGUGAUUGUAGCUCACUAAAUAAUUCCACAAUGUGUUCCUAUAUUGCACUUCCAUUGGCUAAAUAGGACUCAAAUGUGCAGGUUUGAAAAACAUGACGGGCAAGAUUCUCAGAAAACCAUGUUUUUGUUUCAAAUUGGACUGUCUAUCAAAUGGAUAUUUAUAGAUAUUUAUAGUAUCCAGCUGAACUAUUUGGGAUUUAGGUGCAUCUGGUAAAUCUAUAAACCCUGGGGUUUCAAACAUACCUUUAUACAGCAAGCAAUAGGUACAAGAUGCCUUUUGCUCAUGUUAUUAUAAUUUUGUAAAUUAUCUCUUUGGAUUCCUGAAAUGUUUGGAUAAUUACCCUAAAGAGCAUUUAAUCUGAUGCAUCGGGUCUAUUCAUUAGGCAGUUCAAAGUUUCAAUAUUAUAAUUGUUUGCUUAUUUUAACAAUAAUGUGAGUGAAAUAUCAUCACAAGAAAGAAGACAUUUCCAUGGAUAUCGUAAAUCACAAUCAAAUUGCAUUACAUGUGCAAUCUGCCCACAGUGGAAAAGCAGAAACGUGUUUUAAGCUUGGCCUUUGUCGCCCUCUUCAGGACAAACUCUGCAGCUGCGCAGAGCUUGAUUGAAAGCAAUUAUUUUCCCUUGGUGUGGUUCCAUUGGAAAUGUAGGGCUUUAUUCACACAACCUUCAGGACUGUUCCAAGCACUGUUCUGUUAAAGACUCUUUAUGGUUUAAAUCAAGUUGUUUAGAGAGGGGGAGCAGUUUGUUAUUUAUUAAUUUUAUUGUGUAUUAUUAUUCAAAGCACUGUUUAAGGUCAACAAUCUUUAUAAUCAGGUUUUAAAUUAAAACCAAAACAUGAAUGUAAAGAAGCACCAUUUUAAUAAGCAUUUGUGUUUCUGUACUUCAAUUGAUGCAAACCUUUUUUUCAUGUACUUUUUCUUUAAAUGUUUUGUAAAGUUUUAAUGUUCAAUAAAUGUUUUGUUCUGCGCCUA